GUGUACUUCGACAUUCAAAUUGGUGACGAACCUGCCGGCCGCAUUGUGAUCGGCCUCUUUGGCAACGCCGUCCCAAAAACUGCAGAGAACUUCAGGAGCCUGUGCGUUGGAGACAAGGGAAUUGGCAAGAAGGGGAAGCCCCUGCAUUACAAAGGCAACGCCCUUUCACAAAGUGUCUCCUUCCAUAGGAUUAUUCCCAAUUUCAUGAUCCAGGGUGGCGACCUGACAGACGGCAAUGGCAUGGGCGGAGAAUCGAUCUAUGGAAACAAGUUUGAGGAUGAGAACUUCUCCCUGAAGCACACGGGCCCUGGGAUCCUCUCAAUGGCAAAUUCGGGGCCCAACUCUAAUGGAUCUCAGUUCUUCAUCACCACUGUUACAACAUCCUGGUUGGAUGGGCGCCACGUUGUCUUCGGCAAAGCAGUGGUGGAGGGAUAUGACAUUGUCAAGAAGAUUGAGGCUCUGGGCAGCCAGGACGGCAAGCCCAAAACGAGAGUGAUCAUUGCUGACAGUGGAGAGAUCCCAACUGCAUCUUCCUGA